ACUGACUCACCACUUCCCGGACAACAUGAGCAGCAUCGGGACAGAACACUAAGUGAUUUUAUUCUUCUGUGAGUGUGUGUGUGUGUGUGUGUGUGUGAGGAGGGUCAGCGCGAGCGGCCGGAUCCGAAUUCAGACUGUUUGACUCCAUGGCGGGUCUCUGAGCUCCUCCUCGCUGUGGUGAAGAUAAACCAGAUUAAAGAUGUCCGUCAGGGGGGGGGGAGUCUCCUCUGUCCUCCUGUCUCCGGGGAGGGACACGCCGGCGCUGCAGGUCAACGACGUCCCCGCCCUGGAGAUCAAACUGGGAGCUCUGGUCGUCCUGCUCUCCGUCACUCUGCUGUUUGGAUUCGCCCCGCUCUGCAUCGUACGGGGAGCCGGACGCUGCAAUAUGGAGCCAGGUUUGCGGCGCAGGCUGCUGAGCCUUAUCAGCUGUUUUGCUGGAGGAGUGUUCUUGGCCACCUGCCUGCUGGACCUGCUGCCGGACUACCUGCAGGGUAUGGACGAGGCCUUCAGCAGUGCCGGAGUCACACUCCGCUUCCCUCUGCCUGAGUUCAUCAUGGCGAUGGGCUUCUUCCUGGUCCUGGUCCUGGAGCAGGUCAUCCUGGCCUUCAAGGACCAGUCGUCCUCUCACGUGGACGAGCGGCGGGCUCUGCUGGUGGACGGUGUCCAGGCGAACGACAGGAGUGGCCGUCAACACUCUCACCGGCGCCGGGGGUCGGAGGACUCCGACGGCGGCCACUUCCACGUGGACUUCGGCUCCCAGUCCGCCCUGCGCGCCUUCAUCCUGGUCUUCUCGCUGUCUCUGCACUCGGUGUUUGAGGGUUUGGCGGUGGGGCUGCUGGAGGAGGCGAAGGAGGUGCUGGAGAUCUGUCUGGCACUGUUGAUCCACAAGAGCAUCAUUUCCUUCAGCCUGGCCUGUAAGUUGACGCAGGGCCGGCUCCGGCGCUCGGUGGUGGCCGGCUGCCUGCUCCUGUUCGCCGUCAUGUCCCCGCUGGGCAUUGGUUUGGGCGUCGUCCUCACCGAGACCAAGGCAUCCCCGCAACACCAGCUGGCCCGCUGCACGUUGGAGGGGCUGGCGGCGGGGACCUUCAUUUACAUCACCUUCAUGGAGAUCCUGCCGCACGAGCUCAGCUCCGGCGGGAACCGCAUCCCGAAGGUGGCUAUGCUGCUGGUCGGCUUCGCCGUGGUCACCGGCGUGCUCUUCAUCAAACUGUAACCAUAGAAACAGACGUGUCCGAGUCCAUUAAACCAGCAGGAAUCCUUUAAAGGUGCAACAUGUAAGAAACGAUCAUCAGAGUGAAGACGUCUGUGUGCUGCAGAGAUCUCCUGAGGUUAGCAUGCUAACAGCUAGCUGACUAAUUAAUAACCACGUGUUGGACACACUGCACCUUUAACAUUAUGGAACGUAUAAAUACUUUCUGCACCUUUAACAUCAUGGAACAUAUAAAUACUUUCUGCACCUUUAACAUCAUGGAACAUAUAAAUACUUUCUGCACCUUUAACAUCAUGGAACAUAUAAAUACUUUCUGCACCUUUAACAUCAUGGAACAUAUAAAUACUUUCUGCACCUUUAACAUCAUGGAACAUAUAAAUACUUUCUGCACCUUUAACAUCAUGGAACAUAUAAAUACUUUCUGCACCUUUAACAUCAUGGAACGUAUAAAUACUUUCUGCACCUUUAACAUCAUGGAACGUAUAAAUACUUUCUGCACCUUUACCCUUUUAACACCUAAGCCAAAAAAGCCUCAACAUUUUCGCCUGGACUUUUUUGCUUAUUUUGACUAUAAAAAAGGUCAGGAAAUGUCCUGUGAGUAAGUGAUUUUGCCCAUUUUCCAACAACACCUGGAC